AGGAGCAGGUCUGGGAUUGUGCCAUGUGCUGAGAAUUCUGCACAGAAUUUUUCCUUCACUCCUCUCUUUUUACACACAUGAAAAAGACCUUACUGAGCCACGCUGGACUAUACCCAGACGUCAUUGGAUCUUUACAUUACAGAACAAGCCAUUGAGUUGCUAAGGACAAGUGUAAUGGCAAAUGCUGGUCCAUAGGACAAAGUUAUUUCUUGGAUUUGCCACAUGGAGGUAAUUUUACAGAUUGCAUUCCUGAGCUUCUGAUGCAUCCCACAUGCAGAACUGAUUGCUAUCCCUCCUAUGCACUGUACUCUGCUCCAACUCACUAGCCCAGGAAAUUAUUUUGGACUGUAGAACAAAAUGCCUACCCUGCUUAUUUUCUUCAUGGGUGCCUAUUGUGUCCUUGGAACAUUUACACAGAUAGAGAUUAAGUCUGUAGCGGAGGACAAUGUGACCCUUCCUUGUCAGCAUAGACUUGGCUUGCUGGGGGAAAAGAGCUUGGACAUUGAGUGGCUUUCAAAUAUGUCUGGCAGUCAGCAACCUCAGUUAAUAAGCUAUAGUGGAGGACAAGUCUAUGAACACAAUGAAAACCGAAAGGGACGAUACAGCUUUGUGUCCAAUUACCUGGCUGGUGAUGCCUCUAUUCUAAUCAGGUCGCUGGAGCCUAGUGAUGCUGGACAAUACAUUUGCAAAGUGAAAAAUGGUGGCCAGUUUGAAUGGUAUUACAUUCUCCUGAAGGUCUUAGUGAAACCUUCAGAACCUAAGUGCUGGUCUACAGGAAAGCAACUUGAGGGAACAAAUGUGACAUUGCAUUGCUUGUCAUCAGCAGGCACUGAGCCUAUUAUGUACCGAUGGCUUCGUGUGAACCCCAAGGAUGACGUCACAGGACUUCUGCAGAAUUCGGCUCGCCUGGAGUCACCAAAUCGCCUUGUACUAGAAAAUCUAAGCAAAAAUGACAAUGGCUCAUAUCGAUGUAUGGUGUCUAAUGAAGCUGGAAAAAGGAUUUGUGAUGUGCAUGUUAAAGUGAUGGUUGCAAGCAACAUAGGAUUUCUGGCAGGAGUGGUUUCUGGGGUCGUGGUUGGAGUAUUCCUAAUUUUUCUUGCACUUUGGCUCCUGCUUCGAAGGAAAGAAACAAAGAAAAAAGAAGAAGAUGAAUUCUUAAAUGAAAUUAGGGAAGAUGCAGAGGCCCCCAAAGCUCGGCUAAUGAAACCAGGUUCAUCGUCUUCAGGCUCCAGAAGUUCCCACUCAGGUUCUCUGUCUACCCGUUCCACAACCAACAGUGCCUCUCGCAGCCAGCAAACUAUAUCCACACAGGAAACCCCCCACAGAGAACCAAGACAUUGCCUGGAGCAGAUCUAGAAGAAAUGAGCUGACCUCUGCAGGGUCGGUGUGACAGAAACCAGCAAACUGUGCCAAACCAAGGAGUGAUUCCAAUGUGUGCGAUGUAUAUAUAUUGCAUUUAUCCGGCACUUCUUUACAAAAAACACAACCCGCAGUGAUGAACCUAUAGGGACAGCAGCAAUCCGUGUGAAAGCUAAAUAAAGCUGACCGUAGCGAACAUCAAUUCCAAAACCAUAAGGUUCUCUAAGUGAAUCUGAAGUGACCUUCAUAUGAACGACCAAAUAAAAACAGCCACUAAUAGAUCAGGGACUUCAGGAAUUGUUUUCAGUGCUAUGAAGCCAUUUUUGAUAAAUACAAUCUAGUUAAUAUAAAGGGAAAGCUUACAUUUUAACACAUUCUAAUGCAGUUUAGUAAAUAGAUUAUACAGGAUUAUUCAUGAUGCAGUUGUUACAAGUGCCAGGCUUAUUGUGAGACAAAAUAGACAAAUAAUGUCUUCAUUGUCCUACAGUCGUUAUGCUGACAGUUUGCUUAUCCAGAACAGCAGUUAAACAGGGGAAAUUAAAGGGAUAUUCCAGACAAAAUUGAAAACCACAUGGGUAUAUUUCGGUAUUGAACAGAAGCAAUUUUGUAAUAAACAUUCAUUAGCAAAAAGGCUUCUAAUAAAAGCUAUAGCUGUUUCAAAAGUGUAUUUAAGUAUGCACCGUGCACCAGCAUUUUAAACACAACACUUGUUUGGAGAGCCUAAGGUGCUUGUAUCAUCUGGUAAUGACUAAAUUUGUUAAUUGCUGACAUGAGAUAAGUCCCACUGAUGAUCUGAGCAGCUGCAUUUUUUUAAAUGUGGGUGCAGUGAAAAUAUCUAGCUAUGCUUCACAUGCACAUGCAGAGAAAAACGUUAACACUAAAACAGUGAUAACUCUUAAUAGCAGCAUUUUUGCCAAUACAUGUAUAUUGCAAAUAUGUUUCUAUUCAAAGCUGCAAUACAUCUAUGUACAUUAAUAUUUUGACUGGAAUGUCCCUUUAAAUUACACCUCUGCUCAAAAUCAAAAUGAAAGCUUGAGCAUGCAAAUAAAAAAUAUAAUAUAUUGUCAAAUGUACUUAGUUCUCUUGUUGAAAUGUACUUCAUUUCUAUUAGAGCAUACCUAGAUAGGCUGAGGAGCAUGCA